AUGAGCAAAGCGUAUGAUCGAGUUGAGUGGCAAUUUGUUGAAGCCACAAUGCGGAAGAUGGGAUUCGGAGAACGAUGGAUCGGGUGGAUCAUGAAAUGCAUAAAGUCGGUUGUGUAUAAAGUACUCAUCAACGGGCAACCACGGGGAAAAAUAACUCCGAAUAGGGGCUACGUCAGGGAGAUCCUUUAUCUCCCUACAUUUAUUCUCUGUACAGAAGUUUUGAUAUCAAAUCUUAAACGGGCAGAAUCUGUUAAAUCUCUAACGGGUCUGAAGGUGGCUCGUGCAAGCCCACCAGUAUCACAUUUACUAUUUGCGGAUGAUAGUUUAUUUUUUUGCAAGGCGACGGUUGAGGAGAGUGCAGUUUUACUACAAAUUCUUCAGAACUACGAACGGGCAUCAGGCCAAAAAAUAAAUUUUGAUAAAUCAUCUAUCCAAUUUGGCCAUACGGUGGAGACAACGGUACGUGCGGAGAUUCAUCAGAUGUUAGCAGAAGCGGAUAAACGGCUGGACAUCAAGGUUCUAUCUAAAGGGGGAAAAGAAGUAAUGAGUAUCGUUUCAGCUCGACCUCUGGUAUGCAAAGGACUUAUUAAAAGAGUUGGUUCAGGUUCAUCUAUAUCUGUAUGGUAUGACCCCUGGAUUUCCGAUUCUUGCCCGAGGCCAGCUAUCUGUAAAGGAAUUAAUUACUACCCACACCUCACGGUGAAUCAGUUAAUUAAUUCCCAGACCUCAACGUGGAAUCGACCACUAUUGCAACAAUUUUUUGAGAGUGAGGAAAUCACUCGCAUUACGGGUAUACCAGUGGCUACUGGAUAUAAACCCGAUACCUGGGGCUGGUUUUAUACAACAACGGGUCGGUAUACGGUUAAAUCGGGAUAUACUGUGCUACAGGAGCUUUCUCAGAUGAGGGGACACUACCAGUUUGGACCGGACACUCGGAGAUUGCAAGCGCAAUCCUGGAAGGUUAAAUGCACCACAAAACUCCAACAUUUUCUCUGGCAAAUUAUUACCGGAUGUUUAUCGGUUGGCGCACGUUUAUGUAGUCGGGGAAUGCGUGUGGACCCACUGUGCGUGAGAUGUGGUAUGGGAGAUGAGACAUAA